AUGGCCAAAUCUAGGUCUGACUCCAGCAGCGGAGAUUCGUCUUUACGCAAACGAAAAGCACACAAGAAAUCGAGAUUAGGGUGUCGAAACUGCAAGCUGCGCAGGGUCAAAUGCGACGAAAAGAGGCCCAUGUGUGAAAAAUGUCUGGAAUUCGGUGUUACCUGCAAUUAUGAUCCCAAUAUUCCUGAUCUCCAGCCACGGCCAGGAGCUGCCAAGGUCAUUUGCAUGGAUACCACAAUUCAUAAGUCUCCUCUCUCGUCAGCCAAUAAGCCUAAGUUGGACAUGAUAAAUAUCUCCCUUCGAGAAGACAGAACCGUGCCUGUGGGCAAGUACGGGCCAAUGCGCUUUGAUUUUUCCGACCUGGACCGGCUCGAGAAAUUUCAUACGAGGACCAUUCUCACCAUCGGGACUAAGAACUCCUCUCGUAUUCUUCGAAGGGAAUUGGCCCAACUCUCUUGCUCGCAUCGGUUCCUGAUGCACCUUGUCCAAUCAGUAACUGCCUCGCACGACCGAUUCCUGUCCGGAUCGGCCAUUUCGAAACCCACUCCAGUCGAAAUGUACCACAUGAGCCAAGGCAUAUCGAUGUUCCAUACCAAGCUCUCUCGACCAGUCGUGGACGAGGACCGUGAUGCCUUAUUUGUCGCUGCCUCCCUUCUUGGCAUCAUCACAUUCUUUACCUUGGAAGCAGAGUCUAUCGAGGACGUUUGGCCCCUCAAAGACGACGAUUUGAGCUGGCUCCACCUGAGCGAUGGCAAAAAGGCCGUGUGGCAUGUCACAGACCCUUUGCGCAAAGAUAGCAUCUGGCGACCUGUUGCCGACGCAUACGCGCAAAAGUUGUGGCCCACGCCGAUGAUUCGUCAGCCAUCAUCCCCUUCAGUGUUCGAUCAUCUCUUAAGUGAUGACGACUCGAUAUCCUUGGCGGCGGUCAAUCCGUAUCACAACACCGUCAAGAAUUUUAUACCGUUGCUUGAUAUGGAAUGUGAUGAUACCACGUGGGUGAGAUUCCUCGAUUUCAUCUGUCACACCGACCCCCCCUUCAAGGUGUUGCUCCUGCGCAAGGAUCCCUGGGCUAUGCUCAUGCUAGCGUACUGGUAUAUGAAGAUGUGCCGAGGUCCCUGGUGGGUUACACCUCGUGCCAUCUUUCAGGGCAAGGCCAUCUGUAUGUAUAUCGAACGGUACCAUGCCGACGAUAGUGCUCUUCAGGGGGCCGUUAUCACCCCAAAGAGGGAGCUUGAAGCCGCGCUCAAGGAAGGCUGGGCUGGGUUUUGA